AUGGGAAGUAUAAUCUCCCUUGAAAUUUUCUCUUUUAAUUUACAAUUAAUUCAACAAACUCAACCUUCCGAGUGGAACAAAACAACCUACUUAUUAUUAAUAAUUCUUAUUGUCGCCUUUGCUAUAAUAGGCGGUUUAAUUAUUUAUAUUGGAAUUAGGAGGAAGCAAAAACCCCGUAAAAUUUGGACAGCUCCCCCAACGCUCUUGGUCAUCUUAGCAAUUAUUUUUAUACUCUCUCCUUUAGAAGCAACCCCAGCACGAAACUUUAAGCCAUACAAAUCUUCCUUUAAACCUUACAAAUCUUCACUUUUCAAACGUGUAGGAAAGCCCUUAGCAAAAUCAACUCUUCCUAUAAUUGCAUCGGCCGCACUCUAUUUCGGCUUUGAAACAUUAGCCCAAACUAUUACAGACAAUCCCGAAUAUUCUCUUGCCAUCCUUUCCGUUUUAGGCUGCUUUUUCAUACUCUUACUCCUAUUGUUGGCUAAAUUAGCCGCUUAUUUAUAUUAUUACAUUCAUCCACGCACAGCCCGACCCCAAACAAUAGAAUUACAAGAAAUUAAUCACAAUAUUAACGAAAUCAUUAACCGAACAGACCCAAGACGUGUUUAA